AUGGCAGAUACAAGCAUCCGAUCAACACAUUCUAAUAUUUCUCGAGGAGCACGCCCAGAAUCCGGACGUCUACACCGCCGCUAUCCGUAUCGUUGGUUCGAUCAGGUUCAUGUCAAAAGCCUAAUAUUCCACGUGGAAGUCUGUCUGCUAGCUAUCGCCUUCUACGGACUUUAUCAUGGAAGUAUAAUGAAUUCCGACGAACAAAUCAAGCCGAUUUCGAUUCCGGGCUUCGACGGAGUCUCCACGACAGGCGACGACUCGUAUCGAAUACAUAAUGGAGGCGCCACGAAUCCCCUGUAUCGAUCUGCAAGGAAUAUGAUAAAUUUCGCGUCCUAUUUUCUUAUAUUCAGCUCCAUCACCGGAUUUCUGGGCAUGCGACUAUCAGAAACCAGCAUUUCUCGUAGGAAUUUUCCGCCUCGUUUGAAUCCAGCCACUCUUCUGAUCCCUUCUUCGCUGGCAGUGAUCGCCUUAAUGUAUCCGCUAUUUGUGUGGUCUCUUCGAAGCGUUCACUCCACUAUCCGCCACCUAAUCAGAGAUAAUUUCAAAAUUUCCGUUAUCAUCGACGCCUUCCGCUUAUCACUGAUCCCCAUUAUCUUCAUGUGGGCUCUCUAUAUCUAUUUUUUGUAUGGAUUCUGGCUUGGCGCGUUGUACUAUCAGCGCAGAGGCGAUCCGCCAACGCCUACUACGCAAGAUAGCCCGUUCCGUCGCCCUCUGCGGAAGUCGUUGAUGCGAUUCCAGGCGAAAGGCUUAUUUUUCCCUUUUCCGGCGAUUUUCCCAUUCCCACACACGACGUUUUCCAGCGUAUUAUCCACAGCGUCGUCUCCAUUGAUUCCCCAAUCAUCGUCUACGUCUUCCACGUCUUCUACCUCCUCAUCGUCUUCUCAUCUUCAUAAUCGCUCAAUGUCGCCACCGAAACGACAAUAUCGUCAUCUGGAAACGGUGGACGAGGAAGCGCAAAGUCGUACUUCCAGC